UUUAUCAUUUACCCUUGUAAAUUACAUCAUCAUGAAAAGGGCUCUGCUCACCUGAAAGGCGGUGCAAAAAGUGUCAUUAUCUCUGCUCCCAGUGCUGAUGAACCCAUGUUUGUUGUUGGAGUCAACCAUAAGAAAUAUGACAAUUCCUUGAAAGUGGUUAGUAAUGCUUCUUGCACCACCAAUUGCCUUGCUCCUCUGGCCAAAGGUAUUAAUGACAACUUCACUAUCAUUGAAGGUCUCAUGACAACUGUCCAUGCAUAUACAGCAACUCAAAAGACUGAGGAUGGACCAUCUGGCAAACUGUGGUGUGACGGCAGAGGUGCUCACCAGAACAUCAUUCCUGCUAGCACUGGUGCUGCCAAGGCUGUGGCCAAAGUUAUUCCUGAGCUGAAUGGCAAGCUGACUGGAAUGACUUUCCGUGUACCAACUCCCAAUGUGUCAGUAGUAGACCUGACUUGCCGCUUGGAGAAACCAGCUAAGUAUGAAGAUAUCAAGAAAGUAGUCAAAGCUGCUGCUGAGGGACCUAUGAAAGGAAUUCUGGGAUACACAGAUUACCAGGUGGUAUCCACAGAUUUCAAUGGUGACCAUAAUUCUUCCAUCUUUGAUGCUGGAGCUGGAAUUUCCCUCAAUGAUCACUUUGUUAAACUUGUGUCUUGGUAUGACAAUGAAUUUGGCUACAGCAACAGGGUGGUUGACCUGAUCUGUCACAUGGCAUGUAAGGAGUAAAGUGUCCGAACCACUCACUCAACCACUGACGCAGUUAAACCUGGUUGAGCCCUACUUUAAUUUCCAUCAGUUUUUCAGUGUGUAAAUUGAUCUUUGCCAGAACAUUAAAAGUCCUUAAGAGAAGAGAAAAAAAAAAUAA